AUGAAGGCUGCCAUUUACCACUACCUUUUAGGGUGGCUAGGAACGUCUGCAUCCUUAAUCGGGUCCGCAAGCGCCGUUUCGGCUCCGCAGGUGUGCCCCCCUCCUCAACACCAGAAACCUAGAUCAGAAGGCUUCAAGGUACCAACCACGGCCGCGCUUAUCAUCGGCGAGGGCACCGACCAACCUGCAAUUCGUGUUGUGCAAGACGUCCUCAAGGACGCCGGGGUGAAGCGCAUCACCACGGCCAGCGAGGAUGAGCGGCUGCCCGACACUGCCCUGCGCGUCUACAUCGGCGGCCCGUCUGAGAACUCCGCCUCGGCUGGCGCCCUCCAAGACCUGGGAUUGCAGGGCCCCGAGGGGCUGGAUCCCGAGGGGUACGUCCUCGGCAUUGGCCGCGACUCCCACGGCCACGCAGUCGUUGUGCUUUCCGGUCGCGACCAGGACGGCACAUUCUACGCUGGGCAGUCGCUCCGGCAACUCGUUGUGGGACGCGGUGGUAGUUCCUGGCUGCCUGGUGUGGAGGUCCGGGACUGGCCCGCGACUUCAGUGCGCGGCACGAUCGAGGUGUUCUACGGCAUUCCGUGGUCGACCGAGGACCGCCUCGACCAGCUGGACUUCUACGCGGCUACCAAGCAGAACACUUAUAUCUACUCGCCAAAGGAUGACCCGUACCUCCGGGAGAAGUGGCGCGACCCUUACCCCGCCGACGAGCUUGCCGUACUCAAGCAGUUGGCGGACCGCGCUCGCGAGGACCACGUCCACUUCACCUACGCGCUAUCCCCCGGUCUCUCCAUGUGCUACUCUUCCGAUCAAGACACACAGGUCUUCAUCGACAAGUUCCAGUCGCUGUGGGAUAUCGGCGUAGAGGCAUUUGCUGUUCCCUUCGAUGACAUCAAGUACACGAGUUGGAAUUGUGCCGAGGACGAGGCCAAAUGGGGCACGGGGGGCGCUGCCGCAGGCCAGGCGCAGGCAUACUUCCUGAACCGGGUGCAGAAGGAGUUUAUCGACACCCACCCCAGCGCUAGCCGCCUCCAGAUGGUGGCGACCGAGUACAAGAACACGACCGACUCGCCGUAUCGGACCGCGCUACGCCAGGAGCUCGACCCGCGCAUCAUCGUCUUCUGGGCCGGUCCAGUGACCGUCGCGCCCAAUAUCACUGCCGUCGACGCGCUGCAGGCAGAGGAGGUGUUUGGCCACGACAUCCUGAUCGGCGACAACUACCCGGUCAACGAUUAUGUGUCAAACCGACUGCUACUUGGGGCCUACACUGGACGCGAGCCCGGUAUCACCGAACACGUUGUCGGCAUCACAGUCAACCCGAUGCCGCAGGCUCACCCGUCCAAGAUUGCCGAGUUUGGAUCCGGCGCUUUCCUCUGGAACAGUCGAGCAUACGACGCCGAGGCCACGUGGCUGGCCGCGCUGAAGUACCUCGCGGGUCCGGUGUGGCGCGCCUUGAAAGUGUUUGCGGAGAACAACUACUCCUCCGUCCUGAAUGCACGCGAGUCACUGGUCCUAACGCCCCUCAUUGAACAAUACUGGCGGUCCUACCAGACCAAUGCACGCGAACUGAGCCAGCGUGCCCGCGCGCUGUCCGAGUACUUUGGCCAGAUGGCCUCUUGCCCGUCACAGUUGGCGCAUGGUAUGGACAACAAGGCAUUCGUGGCCCAGUCGCAGCCAUGGCUCGAUAAGCUAGGACUAUAUGGCGAGGCGGGCCAAACCGCGUUGAAGAUGCUUGCCGCACAGCAGGCUGGACACACGGACAAGGCGCGCAAGGAGCGCCAAACGCUCAAGGGGCUGCGCUCCCAGCUCGACAACAUCACGGUGAUUGCAUGUCCGCUCGGCCAGUGCCGACCUGUUCACCCGGUCGUCGCGCAGGGCGUCAUGGAGCCGUUCCUCAACCGCACCGUGGAGCUCAGCGAUAGGUGGCUAGGCCUCGACAGCUCGUCAGGGACCUUGAUCUAG